AUGAAUAGCAUAAUUAAAUUGAAAAUCAAUCUAGAUUAAAAUGAUUAAAAGUAAAAUAUACUAGAGAUUUUGGAAAAACUACAAGGAGAAAUCUUCUUGGAAUAUGAUGGCCAAAAAUAAAAUGCUUUGAUUCAAAAUUAAAAUUUUAUUAUUGAUCAAAAUGACAUAUUUAACUUGGAUGAUCAAAAUUAACUUUAGUAAGAUCCUUAAUGGCAUAAAUAACAUUUUAAUGAAGCAAUAGGAAUAUCUAAAAAAAUUAAAUUUAUUGCUAUUCAUAAUCUUAUGAAAAAUCACUUCUAUUAAUAAACAUAAUUGUCUUAGAUUAAAAUAUAUCCAGAUUUUAAUUUAAGUGAAUAUAGAACAAAUCAACAACUUAAGGGAAAUUAAUAAAACCUUUUAAAUCAAAUAAAUUAACAAAUACAAAGUUCUAUUGUAUAUUCUGUAUAUUGUAAAUAUGAAAUAGAAAAGAGUUCUAAAAUUGGAUUUCUAUGGAAAUCUCUUGAUAAAUUGGCAAAAAUUUUAGAAACAAAUCAAGAAUAUUUACUUAUUGGAGAAAUUAAAGAACCCCACAAGGAGGUAUAAUGUUUAAAAAAAUUGAUAUUCAUUUUAAAUUUCAAUCAAAAUAUGUAGUAAUAAUAUUUGGAUCCUCUGAUUUUAUAGAAAUAAGUAUUAUUAAAUAGUUUCAUAAAUGAUAAUUUCAAUAUUCACACACUUGUAAUUUCUAUAAAGAAACCAAAAUGUACUAGAAUAGAAUUAAAGGAAAUUGCUAAAGAAUUUGUAAAAUAAAAUUAAAAUAUUAAUAUUAAGGUUGGUUAUAAUAGAUUUGAUAUUUCUAGUUUUUUAAAAUUAAUAUAUUUAGAAAUUGAAUAGUAUGAUGAUUACCUUAAUGUAGAUUAAUAAUUUUAAUAAGAAAUACAGGAUAGAGCAUCUAAAAUAUUAAGAUUAAAUAUAUAGGAUAAAUUAAAUUUUGAAAAUUAUGUUUGUAAAUUACCUUUAAUAACAAAUUCAAAUAUUAAAUUUAAACAUUGUAAAUAGGGAAUAAAAUUAAAUAAUUCUAUUUAACAAAUAAAAUAAUUUAGAGCUUAAGUUAAUAUAAAUUUAAAAUAAUUAAAAACAUCAUCAUUGUAUCUUAAAAUAGAUUAAAAAAUAAGUUUUUAUUUGGAAUAAUUAGGAAUAAAAUAAAAAAAGUAAAUAUUAACAAAAUUAUUUAUGGAUUUUACUUAAUAACAAUAUAUUUUAUCUAUAAAUGAUAUUAAAAUAUAACAUAUAGAAGUAUUGGUUUAUUUUAAUCGAGUAUUAAAUAAUGAUAUAAUAGCUUUGGAAACAAUACUAAAUGAAACAUUAUCAUAACUUUAAAUUAUAAAUUUAUAGAUGAAUGAACUUAAUUAAUUAGAAUUGACAAUUGAUUAAUUUUAACAGAAAUAUUGUGCUUUAGUGCAUGUUGAAAAUAAUAAGUUAACUUGUAUUUUACAUACAAAACAAUUAAAUUAAAUGUUAAGUUUGUUAGAUAGUAAAAAAUAAUAAUCACUUUUAUCAUAUAAACCAAAAUCUAAAUUAUAUGCUUAAUAAAUAUAUUAGGAUUAUAAAAAUAAAAUUAUAGAAUAAUCAUUAGAGAUAUACUCAAUUAAAUUAUCAUCAAAUAAUGAAAUUAUUUAUUUAGAAUGUCCAACAAAAAAUAUGGCAGUAUUAGAGAUUUUUGCAAAAUAUGAAAAAGUCUUAGAUAAAUUAUUAUUAGAAAUACCAAUAGGAAUUAGUAAGAUGGAAUCAAAAUAUUUAUAUAGUAAUUGUUAAAAAGAAAUUCAAAAAGCAAGUGAGGAAUAGAUAUUUGAGUUACUUUUUAAUUUUAAUGAAUAUUAAACUCCUACAGAUUCAGGAGAAAUCAAAUAAUAUUAAAAAAAACAAUAAACUACUGAAAAUUAAUUUAUUAAAUUUUUAACAAAAGAAGUUAAUUUUGAUACUAAUUUUAUAUGUGAAAUUUUCAUGAAAUGCAAUAAUAAACAUAAUUUAGAUUAGAAAGUUAUUUAUUAAAAAGAAGAUAUAGUUCAUCCAAAUAUAAUAGCUCUUAAAGAUUAUUUUUUAUAUUAUCAAAAAUAAAAAGUUCCAUUCAAAUAAAUUGGAGUAAUGUAUGAAGAUAUAAAGGAUGUAUUCCCAAAAUUAUUAUAAUUGUUCAUGUCUAAAGAUUAAACCAAAUUCUAAUAACUUACAAUUUUUAUUGAUAACAAAAAACUUAAACCUCUUUAUGAAUAAGAAUUAAUAAAUACUUUAAUGACAUCAAUGAGAGAAACUUAUUAAGAUUUUUAAUGGUAAUGGUCAGAUGGAAGAUAAUUUAAUGAUUAUGAUGAUGCUAUGAUUAAUGAAUAAAUUGAAAUUGCAUAUUAAGCUUAUAAAUUAGACAAUAAAAAUAAUGAAUUGAUAUUAAAAUUUCCUUACUCUUAGUAACCUGGAACUCAUACUAUUGAUAUAAAUAAAGGAACAUUAUUAGAUCAUGCAAAUGGUUUAGUUAAAAUGAUAAAAUAAAAGGAUGGGUUAUAUUAUAUUGGCAAUGAAUAAGCAGAUGAUAUUUUGAAUUAAUAUAUCAAUGAAAGAAUUUAAAUGAAAAAAUAUUAAUUCACAGUAUUUUUUAAAAAAUAUUUGAUAUUUUUUAAAACUAAAGAUGAAAUUUAUUAAAUUAAUUUAGAUACAAAAUACAAAAGAAAAUUAAGAAGAGAAAUUAGAACUGAUAAAUAUUUUUAAUUUAUACAUGAUUUCUUAAAAUAAAAAUAAAAUGUAGAAACAUCUCAAGAUACUCCCAAUGGUGAUAAUCAAAUUUAUUGUCGUGCAAGAGUAUUUAUUAAUUAGGUCUAAGAUAUUGAAUAAUCUAAGUAAAAUUAAAUUGAGAAGAUAAAGAAUACCAUUUAAAAAAUUUUAGAAAAACAUAUAACUAUUUUUGAUAUUAUAUUACCUGCUACUAAUGAUUAGAUCUAUUUUAGUUUUUUGAAUUACCUUAAUAAUAAUACUCUAUAAAUAGAAGGAGAAUUUAAUUAAAAUUAAUCAAUUUAAAUUAAGUCUUUUGAAAAGUAUCAAUAAUUAAUUCUAGAGGUUUUAGAAUUUCUAUAAUAAAUUCCAUAAAAUUGGAAUCCUUCUAGCUAUUAAAGUAUAUAUUAUUUUGAUGUUAUACAACCAGAUUUAGAAGAAAUUAAAUAAGCUUUUCCAUUUUUAGAUAUAAAAAAUAUAUAAUUAGCUUAAAAUUAUGAUUUAUGGGCUAAAUAUUAAUCAACAAAAAGUAAAUUGACUAAUUAGAAUGAAGUAUUGCUGUUAUUUGGAAAUAAAAAUGAUUGUGCUUAAGAAGAAAUUGGAAGAGUUAGUUUAUCAUUAUCAUUUGAUCAUGUAAAUUAUAUUAUAUAUAUAUUUAUAUAGCAUACAGGACCUUAUAUUAAAUGUGGUACAACAGUUGCUUAUGUUAAAGAUAAUUAUUGUGAAUCUUAGAAAGGAGAAAAAUAAUUAAUUGUAGUAUAAGUUUUAUUAGGAUAAGUGUAAGAUUUGAAAUAAUAAUUUUUAAUAAGUGAUUAUUCUGAAAAUAAUUACAAAGAAGGUGAUUAUUAUUAUAUUAAGAGAAAUAGGAUUUAUCCAAAGUUUAUAAUAACUUUAAAUGAACAAUGA